AUGCAAAUCUCAAAGCUGCUUUGGACCAUGGGUCUACUGGCCAUUGGAGCCCAGGGAUUGCCGCAAGGCAACAGACCUGGUGCUCACAAUGCUGGUGUCCAGCAUGGUGGCGAUAAUGCCAUAACCGACGAUGGCCACAGAGGCCCGACUAGCGCCCCCCACGACUCUGUACCCCAAGUUCAUGACCCUCAAGUCCACAAUGGCCCCAAUUACGACAACAUUGGUGACGAUCAUCAACGCGGAGAAAAGCAGCGUGUUGUGAGUGGAAAUGCGGACCAGGGACAUCAAGACGAGGAGAAGCAUCGUGCUGCGGGUGCAGAUGCGCACCAGGGUCACCAACGCGAAGGUAAGCGUGGUAUUUUGGGUAAAGAUGCGGAUCAAGCUUAUGAAGGUAACAUCAGCCAUCGCUCGCCGGGUAAACACGCUGACCAGGGCUAUGAAGGUCUACUGAACCGUCGUUCGGGCAAAGAUGCGGACCAGGGUUACCAGGGUAUCAACGCAAGAGAUAUUGGUGCUGGUCGUGGCAACAACGGUCACGUUCAGCAUGAUGGACAUGAGGACGGGGACAAUGGUCACAAUGGUGAUCGCGGCGAUGAUGCCAAUCGCGCUGAUAAAGGUGUCGUUCAACAUGAUGCGCAUGAGAAGGCCGACAAUGAUCACAAUGGUGACCGCAGCGAAAAGGGCACUGAUGGCAACCGUGCUGAUAACGGUCGCAUCCAACACGAUGUGCAUGAUGAGACGGACAAUGGCCGCACUGAUGAUCGCGACCAGAAAGGCCCUGAUGCCUAUCGUGCCAAUAAAGGUGUCGUUCAACCCGAUGUGCAUGAAGAGGCUGAAAAUGACCACAAUGGUGAUCGCGGCGAGAAAGGUCUGGAUGCCAAUCGCGUCAUCAAAGGUGUGGUUCAAUAUGAUGCGCAUGAUGAGACGGACAACGGCCACAAUGAUGAUCGCGACGAUGAUGCCAAUCGCGCUGAUAACGGUCGCGCUAACCAUGAUGUGCAUGAUGAGACGGACAAUCGCCACGAUGGUGAUCGUGGUGAUGAUGCCAAUCGUGCUGACAACGGUCGCGUUCAACAUGAUGUGCCUGAGGAGGCGGACAAUGCCCGCAAUGGCCACAAUGACUUCAUAAUGGGAAGGGGUAGUGGUGGUAGAAACUAA